AGCCUAUUGUUACAGAUGCCCCGUCCCUGCCUACUGCUGCUGCUGGCAGCGUGCUUAGUUCACAGCUCCUACGGGCAUGCACGUACGUUCACGCGUUGCCAGCUCUCCCGUGAGCUACUCCGGUACAACUUCCCGAGAAGCCUCAUAGCGCAGUGGGUGUGCGUGAUCGAGCAUGCUAGCGGACGCACGACUGAAAAAGUGACCAAUCACAACAACGCCUACAUUAGCUAUGGACUGUUUCAAAUCAACAACAAAGACUGGUGCAAAAAGGGCCGCAAAGGAGGGCACUGCAACAUGAAGUGUGAAGAUCUUCUGAACGAGGACCUAGCGGACGACGUGCGGUGCGCCAAGCGCAUUUACGACCGGGUCGGAUUCAAGGCGUGGCCCACCUCCUACGCCUACUGCAAGGAGAAGAGCCUGCCAGAUCUGUCGCGUUGCUAACUCUACACACUCCAGCUACUUCUCACUUCCAUUCAUCUGCAAUCAGCUCGAUGGAAC